AUGUCGAAAAAGAAGCUAGACCCGUUCGAAUUCCCUAAGAAAUUCAAAGAUCUACCAAACACGCUCAGUUCGUUCUAUAUUCCUGAACCAGAAGUAAUCCUUCAAGAUCAAAUAAUCACCAUCAACAAUUUUUUCAAACCAGAGUUGUGUCAAGACUUGAUCAAAUCAUUUGAAACCAAAUUGAAAUUGGAAACUACCCCACUUAUCAAAAGCAAAGACUAUGCAGCAAGAUAUAACGAUAGAGCACUAGUUAAUGAUCUAAAAUCAGCCGAUACUUUAUGGCAAUAUAUGAAACAAAUCCUCGCUUCAAAUCCAUACGAUGAUCCUCAACUCAAACAAGUUGUCAAGAUUUUCAGUACAGCAAUAGGAUUAAACCCGCAAUUGCGAAUAUAUCGAUACACCCAAGGUCAUCAUUUUGGUGCGCAUUAUGACGAUUCAGUGGUAUGUACUGUUCCUCCUGAAGGUAAGAUCAAGGGCAAGACCGAUUGGACUUUGCUUAUUUAUUUGACUGGAGACGAUGAAUUCAAAGGAGGCGGAACAAUUUUUUAUCCUGAUUAUGGGAGUGAAGCUCUAAAUAUACAUCCAAGUAAAGGUAUGGCUUUGUUGCACAAGCAUGGCGAUGCAUGCUUGCGACAUGAAGCGGAAUUGGUGAAAAAGGGUGUAAAAUGGGUUUUGCGGAGUGAUGUCAUAUUUCCAAAGUGA